AUGCCGCUGCCAUUUGGAUUGAAACUAAAACGCACGCGGCGCUACACCGUAUCCAGCAAGAGCUGCCUAGUUGCCCGGAUCCAGCUGCUCAAUAAUGAGUUUGUAGAGUUCACGCUGUCCGUGGAGAGCACUGGUCAGGAGAGCCUGGAGGCUGUGGCCCAAAGACUGGAGCUGCGGGAGAUCACUUACUUCAGCCUCUGGUAUUACAACAAGCAAAAUCAGCGCCGGUGGGUGGAUUUGGAAAAGCCUCUGAAGAAGCAGCUGGAUAAGUACGCAUUGGAGCCGACUGUCUAUUUUGGAGUGGUGUUUUACGUGCCUUCGGUUUCACAGCUGCAGCAGGAGAUCACCAGGUAUCAGUAUUAUCUGCAGCUGAAGAAAGAUAUCUUGGAAGGAAACAUUCCUUGUACAUUAGAACAAGCAAUUCAGCUUGCAGGCUUAGCUGUUCAAGCUGAUUUUGGUGACUUUGAUCAGUAUGAAUCGCAGGAUUUUCUUCAGAAAUUCGCCUUGCUUCCUGUGGAGUGGUUACAAGAUGAAAAAGUGUUGGAAGAAGCAACCCAAAAAGUGGCCUUACUGCAUCAGAAAUACAGGGGUCUCACAGCUCCUGACGCGGAGAUGCUCUACAUGCAGGAGGUAGAGAGAAUGGACGGCUAUGGGGAAGAGAGCUACCCUGCCAAGGACAGCCAAGGCAGCGACAUAUCCAUCGGAGCGUGUCUCGAAGGCGUCUUUGUGAAGCACAAGAGUGGGCGGCCUCCUGCGGUGUUUAGGUGGCAUGAUAUUGCUAACAUGUCCCAUAAUAAGUCCUUUUUUGCGUUAGAGCUGGCAAAUAAAGAGGAGACCAUCCAGUUUCAAACUGAAGACAUGGAAACAGCAAAAUACGUAUGGAGACUCUGUGUUGCGAGACAUAAAUUCUACAGACUAAAUCAGUGCAGCCUGCAAACUCAGACUGUCAUAGUGAACCCAAUUAGGAGGAGGUCUUCUUCGAGGAUGUCUCUGCCCAAGCCGCAACCCUAUGUGAUGGCCGCCCCACCCCAGCUGCAAUAUAGUGGACAUUAUACAGAGCCAUACACCUCUUCCCUCGAUAACCUCUUCGUGACCAACCAGAAUGGCUUCUACUGCCACUCUCAGACCAGCCUGGACCGCGCGCAGGCCGAGCUCGGCGGGCGCGUCCGCAACGGCAGCGUGUACAGCGCGCACAGCACCAGCUCCUUGAACAGCCCGCAGCCCUACCUGCAGCCCUCGCCGGGCUCCUCGAACCCCAGCAUCACGGGCAGCGACGUCCUGAGACCCGACUACGUGCCCUCGCACCGGCACAGCGCCCUGAUCCCGCCGUCCUACCGCCCGACCCCCGACUACGAGACGGUCAUGAAGCAGCUGCAGCGCGGCCUGGCGCCGGCCGAGCGGCACAGCCGCUCGCUGCGGAACCUCAGCCUGGUGUACAGCCAGCCUGAGAUCCGCGAGCACGCGCGCCCAGGCUCCCCGCCCGCGGCCCCCGGCGCCUUCAGCCUCAGCCACAGCUUCCACAGCCCGGCGCCCUACCCCUAUGCCUCGGCGGCCGGGCGGCGCCCGGGGCUGGGCGCCGUGAGCGUGCCCGAGCUCACCAACGCGCAGCUGCAGGCGCGUGACUGCCCGGCGCCCAGCAUCCUGAGGACGCAGGUGUACCGCCCGCCGCCCCCCUACCCGCACCCGCGGCCGGCGAACAGCACCCCGGACCUGUCCCGCCAGCCGCCCGCCAGCAGCAGCCCCGACCUCAUCACGCGCCGCGUGCACCAUUCCGUGCAGACCUUCCAGGAGGACAGCUCGCCGGUGGCGCACUCCUUGCAGGAGGUGAGCGAGCCACUGACAGCUGCCCGGCGCGCGCGGCUGCAGGAGCGCAACAGCGUCGAGCUGGCGGGCCUGGCGCACGGCCUCGAGGGCCUGCGGCUGCAGGAGAGGGCCGCAUCGGCCCCGGCGCCGCGGGCAGAGGACAGCGCCGCCAGGCCGCGGGGCAGCCUGCGAGGCGGGCACGGAAAGUCCCUGUCCGACGCCACCGUGCUGAUCCACAGCAGCGACGAGGAUGAGGACGAGGACCCCGAGGAGGGGCCUGUGCCACCGCCUGGCUCCCGGAGCGGACGCCCCCUGGACGGCCCCCGUGCCGCACCCCCAGCCCCUGGGCCCCUGCACAUCCUGGAGCCCCAGGCCCCGGGCGCUGCGCCCGGGGAGGGCCCUCGGCCCCGGCGGGACGGGCUCUUGUCGCCGUCUGCAUCUGAGUCAGACCUCACCACGUCGGGGAGGUACCGCGCCCGGAGGGACUCGCUGCAGAAGAGGCCGGCGUCUGAUCUCUCCGCGAAGAAGGAGAAAGCGGUGGAAGGGCUCCCGCCGCUGGGGGGAAUGAAAAAGAGCCGAGGAGAUGCAAAAAAAAUCGGUCCUCUCAAAUUGGCUGCUCUAAAUGGACUCUCCCUGUCUCGACUGCCGCUGCCUGAUGAGGAGAAGGACGUGCCGGCCAGAGCCACUAAUGAUGAGAGGUGUAAAAUUCUGGAACAGCGGUUAGAGCAGGGAAUGGUAUUCACAGAAUAUGAAAGAAUUCUUAAAAAACGGCUAGUUGACGGCGAGUGCUCCACAGCCCGCCUCCCUGAAAACGCAGAAAGAAAUCGGUUCCAGGAUGUGCUUCCCUACGACGACGCCAGGGUGGAGCUGGUCCCGACUAAGGAGAACAACACCGGCUACAUCAACGCCUCCCACAUCAAGGUCUGUGUCCGAGGGAUCGAGUGGGACUACAUCGCCACUCAGGGACCGCUGCAGAACACCUGCCCGGAGUUUUGGCAGAUGGUGUGGGAGCAGGGCGUUGCGAUUAUAGCCAUGGUGACGGCGGAGGAGGAGGGCGGAAGGGAGAAGAGCUUCAGGUACUGGCCGCGCCUCGGCUCCAGGCACAACAGCGUGACCUACGGGCGGUUCAAGAUCACCACGCGCUUCCGCACGGACUCCGGCUGCUACGCCACCACGGGCCUGAAGAUGAAGCAUCUGCUGAGCGGGCAGGAGCGGACCGUCUGGCACCUGCAGUACACCGACUGGCCGGAGCACGGCUGCCCCGAGGACCUCAAGGGCUUCCUGUCAUACCUCGAAGAGAUCCAGUCUGUUCGACGCCAUACGAACAGCACGAGUGAACCCAAAAGCCCGCACCCCCCGCUGCUGGUCCACUGCAGUGCGGGUGUGGGACGGACAGGCGUCGUCAUUCUGUCGGAGAUCAUGAUCGCCUGCCUCGAGCACAACGAGGCGCUGGACGUCCCGCGGGUGCUGGACCUGCUGCGGCGGCAGCGGAUGCUGAUGGUGCAGACCCUCUGCCAGUACACGUUCGUGUACCGCGUGCUCAUCCAGUUCCUCCGGGGCUCCCGGCUCAUCUAG